GUCGUGUUCAUUUCCUACAUAACUUGAGUCUGUACUGUGUAACCUAGCGAAGGUUAUCGCAGCACAGCAUAUAUUGGCAGACUAAAUAAAUAAAUUGACGUAUAUAUAGAUUCGAAGGCGACAUAGCGACCUGGUAGCCAGUGGAAGGUCAGGUGAUAGGAAGGGACAGGGAAGUUAGCUGACUGGCUAGGUAGCUAUCCUAGCUUGAUUUGAAUGACAUGUCGAUAUUCUUUAUCGGCCGAGAAAAUCUACACCCCUGUUAAUCCGGAGACAUGUUUGCGAACGAUGAAGAAGAUGGAGAUUUCAUGUCUCCAACUGGGGGGGCAAAGUUAGCCUCGCUGUUUGGGCUGGACCAAGCAACCAGCCAGGGCAACGAGUCAUUCCAGUACACAGCCCCCAAACAGCCCCGCAAGAUCUCCAUUAACUCAGGUCCCCCUGCUCAAAAGCCUGGCCCUCCCUCUGUCUCUCCUGCAGUGCUCUUUGCCACUGCUGUUCAGGCUUACAGAUAUGUUAAUGGACAGUAUAUGAAGCAAGGCAAGCUGGGAGCUGCAGUCUUAGGAAACCACACAACCAAGGAGUAUAAACUGCUGCUGUAUGCCAGCCAGCAGAGGAAGCUGACAGCAGCCAGGAUCCACCCCGCCUUCAUCCUCACUGUCCAACCCAGCAACUACUGCACCUUCUACGAUGACCAGAGGCAGAACUGGUCGCUCAUGUUCGAGUCUGAGAAAGCCGCCACGGACUUUUGUAAAGAGGUGUGUCUGGCUAAGGCGAACUCUGGUGCUCCGCUGGAGGCCGUGGUGACCCAGGACCUGGUUUCCGGUGAGGGCCAGGAGGUUGAGCAUGGAGACUCGCUAGAGGUGGCCUACACUGGCUGGCUCCUGCAGAAGCACACCAUCGGCCAGGUGUUUGACUCUAAUGUGAAUAAAGACAAACUGCUGAGGCUGAAGCUUGGUGCAGGGAAAGUCAUCAAGGGUUGGGAGGAGGGUAUGCUUAACAUGCGUAAAGGCGGAAGGCGUUUGAUGGUGAUUCCGCCUGCUCUGGCAUACGGCUCGCAGGGCGUUCCGGGCCAAGUCCCUCCCGACAGCACCCUGGUGUUCGAGGCAGAGGUUCGCAGGGUGAAGUUCGUUAAGGACAGUUGCUCAGAGAAGUUGGGUGUGGUCUCCAGGGACUCAGCCGUCCCCUCCCCUGCCCCCAGUGUUGAGAGUGUUGGUCCUGAUCUCACCCAGCAGGUGUCCAGCACAGCCUCAGUCAGCAGCAGGCCAAGUGAACCUCCCUUAAGACCUAAACCCAACUCUCUGAAUGAACAGCUUUCAAAUCCGGACGCCACCAAGGCCAAGCUCAUCUCUCGCAUGGCUAAGAUGGGCCAGCCCAUGUUACCCUUCCUCGCCGGAACAGCAGCAGCACCCUCCUCCUCCUCACAGGCCGAGUCCAGUGACUCAGAACUGGAGGACCCGAGUGUGUCCCGGCUGAAAGAGCGACCUGCAGCUCCAUCUCCACAGCCAGUCUGUCUCUCCUCUGCUCCUUUAACUUCACUACAGGGAACAGCCUUGAUGCCGGUUUCUCUGGCAGCAGCCAACCCACAGCUUGGGACACCUGCAGCAGUUCAUGCCUUUCAGCCUUAUUCCAUUGCUCAGUCCAGCCUGGCUCCCUCUCCCUUGCAGCCUCUUGGACAGGUCUACCCCACACAGACUGUGCCUUACCAAGGAAGUAGCGAUGUCACAUCCUUCUUGAUGACAGAAGCCCGACAGCACAGCACUGAGAUCCGAUUGGCUGUUGGCAAGGUGGCAGACAAAGUGGACCAACUGGCCUGCAAGAUGGAGGAUCUGCACAAGCAGGGCGGGCUCUCGGUUGGCUUGUCCAACGUUUCCAUGGAAACAGCAAUGAUCAUGCACAACAUUCAGCGCAUCAUCCAGGAGAACGAAUGCCUGAAAAAGGAGGUGUUUGAGAAGAGCUCGCGUAUCGAAGAGCAGAACCGCAAGAUAGGAGAACUCAUCAACCAGAACCAGAGGUGCAUGGAGCACAGUAAUCUAUUGAUGGAGCAGAGGAACGACUCCCUGAAGAGCUCAAGUGAGCAUAAUCAGGCUCGGAUCUUGCAGGCGGAGCAGGAGAAGCAUGCACUGACACAGGACCUGGGCAGGAACCAGGCCCGGCUGACGGAGGAGCUGGCGUGCUCGACGGCGCGGGUGUCAGAGCUGCAGCUGGAGCUGAGCGCGCAGAGACAGCACUCCUCUGGCCUGCAGACCAGCUUGAGUGCCGCACUGCAGGAGGCCGAGCAACACAGCACACGAGCAGGGGUGCUGCAGGGCCAGCUCCAGGAGCUGAAAGACACAGCAGAACAGGUGCAGACUCAGCUCAGAGCGGAGAAACAGAAGCGGAAGGAGGCAGAACUCAGACUGAGCUCCCUGGAUGAUGAGCUGCAGGAUGUGAAGAGUGAGAAAGAGAAUCUGGAACGAACUCUGUCAGAGAGGAAGCGGAAGUGGCAAAUGGAGAGGCAGCGCUUCGAUGAGGAGCUGGAGGAGCUGAGAAAGGCCAGUCAGCUGGAGAUGGACACACUCCGCAACCAGCUACGCAAAGCCCGCACCAGCACGGACCAAGCAGCUGCCGAACAGUUGACCCAGGUGCAGGCUGAUGUGGAGCGUGAAUGGCAGGCUAAGUGUGAACAGGCCCUGGCUACUGCACGGGAGCAGCACAGCCGACAGAUCACAGAGCUCACAGAGCACAGAGACACAUUGCAGCUUAAACUCACACAGCUACAGGACAGGUUCUCUGCGUUCAAACAGUCCAGAGAGGUGGAAGAGCAACAGUUGCUACAGCAACAAGAUCAGGGGGAGGAGCUUCAGGCCCUUAGAGACAAGUGCUCUGCAUUGGAGAAGAGAGAGCAGUUUCUGAUGCAUAAGGGAGAGGCCCGUAUUGCUGAGUUGGAGAAAAGACUUGCAGAGCAACAGCCGCCGCCAGACACUACAGGAGAGGUAAAGCGUGUGAUGAAUGGAGUGUUCCAUUCUUUGCGGGGGGAGUUUGAUCUCCAGGAGACCUACACAGGCAGUGCAGUGCUGGGUGUGCUCGUCAACACCAUUAAGAAUGUUACCCUACAGCUGCUCUCCAAAGCGGAGCCGCUCCCAGCCACGGGGAGUGAGAAGGAGGAAGAUGAGGGUGAGGAAGAGGAUAAAAGGAAGCACGAAAUCCAGCCUGAGCAGGACAACCCUCAGCGGGAGGUGAAGGUGAAUGGAAGGAAAGAGGACCAAGAGGGGGAGAAAGGUGACCAGAUGCGAGCAGAAGAGAAGCGCGAUGUCUCAGAGAAGGCGGAGACGAGAGAUGGGGAGACAGAAAGCUGGGAGGGGGAGGAGGAAGUUGCCGGAGGUGAAGAGGAAGUGGAGCGGAGCGUCACUGCAAAGGCUAGACAGGAAACGCUUCAAGAUGCUCUUCCAACAGACAAUGAGAGCAGAGAGGAGACUGUCCAGUCUGACAUCACACCACAAACGCGGCCUGAGAAGGACAUUACUCCUGAAGAGGGGAGAACCGCAGGGCUGUCUGCCACAGAGGACAACGCGAAGAGUAUUUCGGGUCAGCUUGGCGAGCCCAAUCUGACCGAGAACAAACCGAACGGACCCCCUAAGAACCCCCCGCCGCCCCCAAGCGCUCCCCAAGAGGACGUCGCGGUAAUGGCGCCGCAGAUCACCAGCACUUCUGAGAAGGGGGAGGGAGAUGAUGUGGAGGAGCAGUUUUUCCAGAGUCCCACUGUGAGCAAACCCCCACCACCCCCCACUGAGGAAGAGGAGGAAGAGGAGCUGAGCUUAAAAGGACGGCCCCCUCCUGCCCCUCUGUUUGGUGAUGACAGUGAUGAUGAUGAUGAUGAUGAUCUGGAUUGGCUGGGCUGACCGCAUCGUCAACCAAAAAAAUCCAAAAACCACCACUGCCUGUCUCCUGGAUAACUGUUGCCGUAGGAACUGGAUGAGUUGGGGAUGAAACGUAAGAGAGCAUGGACCGACGUGUAUGAUGGGAAGGAACUGCGAGCCUGUAGCUUCUCCCAUUCCAAAAGUAUUGUUAACGAGUUCAGAAAUGUAAAGUGCUCCCUUUCACAGAGGAGACAGCAGCGCUUAUUGUAAUACGGCUUCAUGUUUUUGACACGAAAACCGCGUCAAGGGUCAUGACUAGUCGGCUUCUGGAAAUGCAUUGACAAACAAUCACAUACGUUGCACCAAAAUAAGCAUUCACAAUAAACAAAAUCUAAAAAUCUCAUUUCUAGUCUGAAACAUGAUCAUGAAAGUUAUUACUGUUCUCUUUUAUGAAACAGGGUUUUCAUAUGUAAUGGUGAUAACUGACCAUCAUUGGCUUGCUAAAGACGUGUCUUAAUAUUUGUACUCAACAUCAAACUAUCCUGGAGUGAUGUAAUAAAAGACAGGAUGGUUGUUCA